GGGCGGCUGUUGCUGCUGCUGAGCGCCGCGUGCCUGAUCCCGCCGGGCGCGCAGGUGAGGCGCCUGGCGCGCUGCCCCGCCACUUGCAGCUGCACCAAGGAGUCCAUCAUCUGCGUGGGCUCCUCCUGGGUGCCCAGGAUCGUGCCCGGCGACAUCAGCUCCCUGAGCCUGGUAAAUGGAACAUUCUCGGAAAUCAAGGACCGAAUGUUUUCCCACCUGCCUUCCCUGCAGCUGCUAUUGCUGAAUUCUAACUCCUUUACAGUCAUCCGGGAUGAUGCCUUUGCUGGACUUUUUCAUCUCGAAUACCUGUUCAUUGAAGGGAACAAAAUAGAAACCAUCUCCAGAAAUGCCUUUCGUGGCCUCCGUGACCUGACUCACCUUUCUCUGGCCAAUAACCACAUAAAAGCACUCCCGAGGGAUGUCUUCAGUGAUUUAGACUCCCUGAUUGAACUAGAUUUAAGGGGCAAUAAGUUUGAAUGUGAUUGCAAAGCCAAAUGGUUGUAUCUGUGGUUGAAGAUGACAAAUUCUACUGUCUCCGAUGUGCUGUGUUUUGGGCCCCCGGAAUAUCAGGAAAAGAAGCUGAAUGAUGUGAUCAGCUUUGACUAUGAAUGUACAACGACAGAUUUUGUCGUCCAUCAGACCUUGCCCUACCAGUCGGUGUCGGUGGACACAUUCAACUCCAAGAACGAUGUGUACGUGGCCAUCGCCCAGCCCAGCAUGGAGAACUGCAUGGUGCUGCAGUGGGACCACAUCGAGAUGAACUUCCGCAGCUACGACAACAUCACAGGUCAGUCCAUCGUGGGCUGCAAGGCCGUCCUCAUCGACGACCAGGUCUUCGUGGUGGUGGCCCAGCUCUUUGGGGGCUCCCACAUUUACAGGUACGACGAGAGCUGGGCCAAGUUUGUCAAGUUCCAAGACAUAGAAGUCUCUCGCAUUUCCAAGCCCAACGACAUCGAGCUGUUUCAGAUUGAAGACGAGACCUUCUUCGUGAUUGCGGACAGCUCCAAGGCGGGGCUGUCCACCGUGUACAAGUGGAACAGCAAAGGCUUCUACUCAUACCAGUCCCUGCACGAGUGGUUCCGGGACACGGACGCAGAGUUCGUGGACAUCGACGGGAAGUCGCACCUGAUCCUGUCCAGCCGCUCCCAGGUCCCCAUCAUCCUGCAGUGGAACAAGAGCUCUAAGAAGUUUGUCCCCCACAGUGACAUCCCCAACAUGGAGGACGUGCUGGCUGUGAAGAGCUUUCGGAUGCAGAACGCGCUCUACCUGUCCCUCACCCGCUUCAUCGGGGACUCUCGGGUGAUGAUGUGGAACAGUAAGCAGUUCGUGGAGGUCCAGGCCCUCCCCUCCCGGGGGGCCAUGACCCUGCAGCCUUUUUCCUUUAAGGAGAAUCACUACCUGGCCCUGGGGAGUGACUAUACAUUCUCCCAGAUCUACCAGUGGGAUAAAGAGAAGCAGCUGUUCAAAAAGUUUAAGGAGAUCUACGUGCAGGCGCCCCGCUCCUUCACGGCCGUCUCCACCGACAGAAGAGAUUUCUUUUUCGCAUCUAGUUUCAAAGGGAAAACAAAGAUUUUUGAACACAUAGUUGUUGACUUGAGUCUGUGAAGGUGUGGUGGGUGAAUUGAAAGGCCGUGGAGCACUUUCACGAGACAUGAGAGUCGUCACGGAACAGGACGGGGGGAGGGGAAACAGGUUCAGAGCAGUGAAACUUGAAAAGUAAAAUAAAAAGCGCACUGGGGAAAUAGUUAGACAUUUUCAAACUUUUAGAAGUCACAUUUUAAUCAGGGAUUGCAUUUACUGGCUAACUGCAUGACACGUCAUUCUGCCACUUAAUGACAUCGUAAAGCCUGUCGUUACUGAGAAAAGAGUACAGCAUUAGCUCAUACCAUCUAGAAAAACGAUGUGCUUUUCUGUUCUUUUUUGUUUUAAUGAAGGAGAAAAAUCGGCUAAGAUGGGACAGCUGUUACAAUGAAAUAAUAAUAAUAAUAA